UCGGGCCGGCCCCGCUCCCCCGGGCUCUCCUCCGCCGGCGCCGUCUUCAUCCUGCUCAAAUCCGCGCUGGGCGCGGGGCUGCUCAGCUUCCCCUGGGCCUUCGGCAGGGCCGGCGGGGCCGUGCCCGCCCUCCUGGUGGAGCUGGGCUCGCUGGUGUUCCUGGUGAGCGGGCUGGCGGUGCUGGGCUAUGCGGCGGCUCUCAGCGCACAGCCCACCUACCAGGGGGUGGUGCGGGCGGUGUGCGGGGCGGCCGUGGGGAAGCUCUGCGAGGUCUGCUUCCUCCUCAACCUCUUCAUGAUCUCCGUGGCCCUUCUGAGAGUGGUGGGCGACCAGCUGGAGAAACUGUGCGACUCGCUGUACCCCAACGUGACCCUGAGCGGGGUCCCCCAGCUGCCCCCCUGGUACGUGGACCAGCGCUUCACCCUCUCUGCUCUCUGUGUCCUCGUCAUCUUCCCGCUCUCUGUGCCCAGGGAGAUUGGCUUCCAGAAGUACUCCAGCAUCCUGGGCACGCUGGCCGCCUGCUACCUCACUCUGGUCAUCAUCCUGAAAUACUACCUGGAGACAGAGAGCCUGAGCUUGAGCAACCCACCCCAGCGCUCCAGGUCCUCCUCCUGGGCCUCCAUCUUCAGUGUCGUUCCCACCAUCUGCUUUGGUUUCCAGUGCCACGAGGCAUGUGUGGCCAUCUACAGCAGCAUGAGCAACCAGAGCUUCUCCCACUGGAUCACUGUGUCUGUGCUCUCCAUGCUCAUCUGCCUGCUCAUCUACUCCCUCACCGGGCUCUAUGGCUACCUGACCUUCGGCGAGGCCGUGGCGUCCGACGUGCUCAUGUCCUACCCGGGGAACGACCCGCUCGUCAUCGUCGCCCGCCUGCUCUUCGGCGUCUCCAUCGUCACCAUCUACCCCAUCGUGGUGCUGCUGGGCAGGUCUGUGGUGAGGGACCUGUGGGCACCCCCCAAGCGCGGGGCGGCGGCGGCGCCCGAGGCGCAGGAGCGGCGGGGCCGGGUGGCACUGACUGUCACCUGGAUGGGUGCCACCCUCACCAUCGCCCUGUCCGUCCCCGACAUCGGAAAGGUCAUCGAACUCAUCGGGGGCAUCAGCGCCUUCUUCAUCUUCAUCUUCCCAGUGGUCCCUGGGGUUGGGCCAGAGGGGCUGCUGAGCUCCUCAGCAUCCCCUGGGAACGGUGCAGAGGAGCCUGGCAGAGGAGGCUGA